AAAAAAAGUUGAAAGGAACAUCUUGACAGCCUGUUAUAUCACAGAAAGGCGCAAAGAUCAACCAAAAAGCCAGAGAGAGAGAGAGAGAGAAGGGAGUCCUUUCUGCCUCAGAAUAUGCAUUGGCAAAAAUCUUCCAUGCCUGAGCAGCCUCCCCCACCACGGCCCUAUCAAGGCGUCCGUGUGAAGGAACCAGUGAAGGAGCUCCUGAAGAGGAAACGUGGAAGCAUUCAGAACGCCAAUGUAGCUGCAGCGACGACGGUGUUUUUCCCCCAUCAGCCACUCCCAUCCUAUUCGCCCACUGGCCAGGUCUGCACAGAUAUGGACUUUGUCACACCUUCGUUGCCAGUCACAGAUGAAGGGUCGCUCUACUCUGGGUGGUUGACACCACCGUCCACUGCCUCCCUACAGCCUUUGACCCAGUGGGCCACCUACCCAGAUUAUGUGUCUCAUGAAGCAGUCAGCUCCCCCUACACAGCAGACAUGUACGUUCAGCCCGUGUGCCCCAGUUACACGCUUGUGGGGACGUCUUCGGUGCUGACGUAUGCCUCCCAGCCGCUGAUCACGAAUUUUACGGCCAGACCGUCCACCCCAGGAGUUCUCCCUCACCUGGAUACGAUGGACCAGCAAGCCCCUCUGAGCUACUUCCCCUGGACUCAGCCCAUCCCAACCCUGCCCGCCCCUUCCCUGCAGUACCAGCCCGGCGCUUCCACCGUCCUCCAGGCCCCCCAGUUUGUCCCUCUCCCCGUUUCGAUCCAGGAGUCGGCCCCCCAGGAGCUGGAAGACGCACGGAAAGACGUGGCCCCUCUGAGCAUCGAGAAGCUCCUCCUGCAAGAGGAGAGCAGCGCCACGUACGGUCUGAGCCACAGUCUCCCCGUGGAAGGACUUUAAAAACCAGAGUUGCUGCAAACCAGGAUCUUGCAGAAUUUCUCUCAGGGGUUGUGGUGGUUCGGCACUCUUCCAUGUGAAUGUGGGACCCAACAUGCCAUGCAUGGAGAAGGCUGUCAGGAAGGAGAGAAGCCGUGCCCCUGGGGACUCUUGAGUUCUCGGAGUGUGCUGCGGGGCAACCAUAUAGCAGCAACCUUUUGCUCGAUCUGGCAGGCAGGAUGACCACACCUUUCCCCAUUCGCUGUUCAGGGGACGGGCCUUUUCUUGUGUGUGUGUGAAGCCUUCAAUCCAAUCCCCUAGUCCCCCACAUAUGAACUCAGCCCAUGCCCGUGUAAAUAAAAGAAUUGCUUUGUCCUUCCUCACUUUAUUCCCCUUUCUCUGUUAUCUCCCCACUGUCCGGAUUAGAUUGAGAGCCCUUCGGGGCAGGGAACUGUCUUCUACUUCUUUGUAAAAUGCUGCGCAUGCAGAUGGCAUUAAACAAACAAACAACAGA